AUGUCAUCUGCUUCCAAGUUCAGCAAGCAAAGCUUUCUCGAAGCAUGCCUAGCGGUGAAGUUCAGUUAUGGACGGACGCUUCUGCACUCUCCCACCGCAAUAGAACUGGCUUACAAGAGGUUAAAUCUCCAGGAGCACUAUGACAUGUCAAAGGUGCAGGUGCUGGAGCUAUAUCCCGGAACUGGGUUACCGAGCUAUAUCUUCCACGACAUCUACAAGCCAAAGCUCCAAGUGCUCAUGGAAUCGAAGCCGGCGUACGCGAAGGUCAUCGAGCAACACCUUACCCUGCUGGAUAACAUCAAGCUGCACAAAGAGGAUCCAUAUAUGUGGGAGUCCUUCGUCUCGCUAAUAGACGAAAAGAAGAUCAUGCAGCCGGAGGUACAGACUAGGGACCAUAUCCACGAUAGUUUUAUAGUCAUGGGUAAUCUCACAGACAAACGUGGCGAGCAACUGUACAUGCAGUACCUGCAGUGCAUCGCGAAUAAAAACUGGAUGCAGCGGUUCGGCCUUGUCAGAAUGCUGUUUUGGGUGCCUCAGACCACUGCAAUUAAGCUUCUGAGCCCAUGCGGCUUUAAAUCGCGUUCCCGCUGUUCUGUUAUUACAGAGGCUGUUACCGACACGAGAUUGAUAGCCACGACACCUGACAACCUUGCGUCUUUUGGUCCUGGUGUUCUGGAUAAAUACGACCCACUGAUCCUACCCGAAGACAAAACGGACUACGCACUUCUGGAAGUAUUGCCUCUGAACCACAAUAUGGAGCUGGAAUAUUGGGACUACUGUAUGCAACGGCUACUGGUGUGUAAAUCAACGCCGCUGGAAGAUAUUCUCGAGGUAUUAGGCCAUGGUGCAAGCGAUUUCCUCAAGUGUAGGAUUGACCCAGAGCUUUUGAAGAAGAAGCCAAUGCAGCUUACAAACCAGGAGUUUACAAAAAUAGCUUCAUUGUAUGCCUUGUGGCCAUUCAAACCAUCGAUUUAUGACUUUUAUGAUCCGUCCGAUGACCAAUGA